AGGAGGAAGGUGGGGCCGGGACCCCUCGGGCUGCGCCUCUCGUGGGCGUGGCCAGCCAGGACUGGGGGUCUAGGGAGGACUGAGUUUCCCUCCCCCGCCGUCCUCGCAGCCCCGGGAGGUGCAGGGGCAUCGCGGGAACAGCCCCGGUGACACGCGGCCCGGGGUCUUCACGAAUGCCCGGAGGCGCCGCUGGCCAGGAGCCAGCCCGACCUUCUAUCCCCGCAGACAGCCCCACGUUCCUCCCGGCCCGCGCCUUUCGGGGCCGCCAGUGCACGCGGGCCCGGCUCAGCGGCGCCCGGGCAGCAGCUGCUUCCAUGCGCCGGCUUCCUCCCGGGCUGCUCCGUGGCGGCGGCAGAGGGAAGCGCUGCGGCGGGCGGGCGAGGAUCGGCAGCGCCUGAGGAGGCUGCCGCGGGCUCCGGCUGCGCGUUCGGGGCGGGGGAGAUGCCCGGGACCUCGCGCCAGGGGCCAGGGGCCGGCCGCGCUGGGGUCGGCGCUGUGCGGCGCGGCGGGCUCUGGGCGCCUCCUGGCGGCCCAGCCUGGAAGGCGGCGCGAUGGGGCGAGGCUCGUCAGCUCCGGCUGCGUACGCAGCCCCACAGGGCGGCCUCCGGAGUCUGCGCGCUCCCGCCCGGCGGUUGCUAGGUUGCCAACGGGCGUGAGGCGCUGAUGGGUGGGGUCUGAGCGAGGCGGGGUGUCGGGUGUCGUGACGAUUGAGCCUGCAAGGGUGGACCGCCCUGCCAGGAGCCCGGAAGUGGGUCCGCACGAGACGGAAUAGACUACACUCAAACUCCAGGGGAACCGUUCAUUGGGCUUGGCCACGAAGGCGGGUCCCUGCCGACGCAGUGAUUGGAUGCAUGUCCUGUCAGCGCGGUGAUUGGGUACAGGUCUCGGCCAGCGCGGUGAUUGGGCGCAGGUCCCAGCCGGCGCGGUGAUUGGGCGCUGGACCUGGCCCGUGCCAUGAUUGGGCUCAGGUCCCAGCCGGAGCGGUAACUGGGUGCAGGUCCCAGCCGCCGCACUAAACCCAGCCAGUGCGGUGAUUGGACGCAGAUUCCGGGCCGUGGCGGCGGCGGGCGAUCCGAAAGAGGCUGGUGCUGGCUGCAUGGGGAGGCGGCGGCAGCGGGUGGACCCCGCGGCUGGGGCCCGGGCCGGGGCCCUGCCUGAGGCCAUCGCCGCGUUGAGUCGGUCGCUGCCCUCGGGACCCAGCCCCGAGAUCUUCCGCCGCGCCAAGUUCGACCGUCCGGAGGCGGUGACGCUCGCGCAGAGGACCUCCGCGCUCUGGCAGCUCCUCUUCCGUGUGCUCUCGCCACUCCCUGUGGGCAACGCCUUGGCCUCGCUCGCCCUGGAGGCCCAAGCCCACUUGGUGAAGUCAGCACUAUGCUCCCAGGGCUACCCGAGGCUAGCACUGGCACAACUACCUGAGGAUGGCUCGCAGGGCAGUCGGGAGCUGCUGCUGGCUCUGUCCUGGCUCUUGGCCCGAGGACCUGUGCCUGAGCAGAUGCUGGCCCAGGCCCGAGUGCCUCUGGGUGACGAGAUGACUGUGUGCCAGUGUGAGGCCCUGGCCAGCCCUGGCCCACCUGCACCCCACAUGGAAGCAGAGGGUCCUGUGGAUGUCCGCCGUGUGCAGUGGCUGAUGGGAAAGCUGCAAUUCCGGUGGCGCCAGCUGGUGUCCAGUCAGCAGGAGCAGUGCGCCCUCCUGAGCAAGAAGUUACCAGCGGCCUUCCGGCUCUGUGUCACUAAACAGUGGGAUGGGGUCUGUGCCGUGAAAGCCACUCCCUCCUGGACACUGGAGGGGCAGGAAGACAGCCCCUGCUCCCACCACAUCCUGGUGGGGGCUGACUUGGAGGGUGGACAGCUCCUGUGGGGUCCUGAAGGUGGUAGGGGCUGGCUCAGGGGCACAGGUACCCAGCGGCAUGUCCACUGUGAGGCCAGCGCUGACAGAUUCACCUGUACACGCGCGGCUGCCACGGCGACCAGAGCCUUGGCCAUCUGUCUGUCACUGAAGCAGAGAUGCUCAGGGACCCAGAGGGAGGCCAGCAGCUGCUGCAGACUCUGGAGCGUGAGAACCAGCGCCUGGAGGCUGUCCUGGCGUGGCGGCACACUGAGCUGGUCUUCUGGCGGUGGAUGGCUGGAGGCUGUGGACGGGGGCCAGAGUGGAGUGCUGCGCGGCGGGCCUCUCGGGAGGCUGUGGAAAAGGAGCUGGGAGCUCUACAGCAGUGCUGGAAGCAAGACAGUGGCCCGGCCCGGCCCCAUGGGCCACACCGGCUGGUGAGACGAGAGGAUGGGGCAGCAGGGGAACGGGACCUGCGGGCAGCUGAGGUGAUCAGGACGCUGAGGAGCCAGGAGGCCUGCCUGGAGGCAGUGCUACGUCGACUACAGGGACAGUGUCGGCAGGAACUGGCCAGGCUGGUGGGAGCCCUGCCUGGCCUCAUCUGGAUCCCGCCUCCUGGACGCUGAGGGCCCUCGUGUGGGAAGCCUGCCCUGGCCCAGCCUGGCUGGGUCUUAGAGGAGCAGAUUCCAAGGCCAGGUGGCCGCAGGGACGAUGCAGAUGCAGAGCCCACGUCACAUGCUCGCUCCAGGGGUGGGGCUGGGCUGACUCUGGCUGGAGCCCAGGCCUGUGGCCAGCAGCACUGGGGACAGGAAUGGCCGGUCCCUUGAGGAGGUCGUGACAGGCUCAGCCUGGUGGUGUGGAGGGGACUCGGAAAUAAAUUGUAGCGGCUUUCCUGCCGCUGGCCCUCUCCCUGCCA